CCGGCCGGGCUCAGUUGGCGGCGGCACCGGCCAUGGCAGCGACGGCGGCGGCCCAGAUUUUGGCUCGAAAACUGCACAAGACCCCCCUACUCCUGUGCGGUCCCAGGAGAUGCGUCAGCUCAACAUUCAAGGCGGCGGACCUGCACGUCGAGUUGAGCCGGACCCCCCGGCCCAAGCCCCCCGCUGGGGCCCAGCUGACCUUUGGGAAGACCUUCACGGACCACAUGCUGACGGUGGAGUGGAGCGAGGCCCGGGGCUGGGGCCGCCCCCACAUCAGACCUUUCCAGAACCUGUCGGUGCACCCCGCUUGCUCCGCCCUACACUACGCCAUCCAGCUCUUUGAGGGGAUGAAAGCCUAUCGGGGUCCUGACCGCCACGUCCGCCUCUUCCGCCCCAUGCUCAACAUGGACCGGAUGCUGCGAUCCGCCCUGCGCCUAUGCCUGCCGAGCUUCGACAAGGCCGAGCUCCUGGAGUGCAUUCGGCGACUGGUGGAGGUGGACCAGGACUGGGUGCCCGAAAGUAACGGCAGCAGCUUGUACAUCCGCCCGACGUUCGUCGGGAAUGAGCCCUCUCUGGGUGUGGCCCGGGCCCACCACGCCCUCCUGUUCGUCAUCCAGGGCCCUGUGGGGCCGUACUUCCCUGGGGACGGCUUCUCCCCGGUCUCUCUCCUCGCUGACCCCCGCUUUGUCCGAGCCUGGCUCGGCGGCGUUGGAGACUGCAAGCUAGGCGGGAACUAUGGGCCAACGGUGUUUGUGCAGCAGGCCGCCCUGAAGGAGGGCUGCGAGCAGGCCCUGUGGCUCUAUGGUGAGGACCACCAGCUCACUGAAGUUGGCACCAUGAACAUCUUCCUCUUCUGGACCAAUGAUGAUGGUGAGCUGGAGCUGGUGACGCCUCCCCUGAAUGGAAUCAUUCUCCCUGGAGUGACCCGGCAGAGCCUGCUGGACCUGGCUCGCAAGUGGGAUGAGUUUCGGGUGACAGAGCGCCCUGUGACGAUGGAAGAGCUCCAGAGGGCCCUGCGGGAGGGGCGGGUCCGAGAGAUUUUUGGCUCGGGCACCGCCUGCGUCGUCUGUCCCGUCCAUCGGAUCCUCUACCAGGGGGAGAGCCUCCACAUCCCCACCAUGGACAAUGGGCCCGAACUCGCCCGACGUUUCCUGAAGGAGCUGUUGGACAUCCAAUAUGGCCGGGUGGCCCACGAGUGGACGGUGAAAGUUUGACUGUGACUGGACUCCCUCCUCCUCAACCUUUAACCUCGGGUUUCCCAGCACUCGGCUCCUUCCCCUCUUCCCCUGCCCUUCCUUCUCCUCCUCUUCCUCUCCCCAUCCUGUUCUCUCUUGCUUCUCACCAAGGACUCAAGUGCAAUAUGGAUAUCCAGGCUGGGAAGCUGGGGCUGUCUGGGUUUCCCUUGGCGGGUAGGUGCAGGGAGGAAGAGGAGGAUAGUCUAAGCAUUCUCUGUCCUUCCUUUUUCCCAUUCUCCUCCAUGCCACUCUCCUCUCAACCACCCCCUGCUAUUUCACUCCAAAGCCAUAGGGAUUGGGACCCAGAUAUCUAAGCCUCCACCCUCCCCACCUCCCUCUUUCCCCUCCUCUACUGCACUCCAGGCCCCCCCCCCCAAAACCUUCAGCAGUUUUGCUGGUGGUGUGGCGUCUGGGAGGAGGGGAGAACUAGACCCCCUCCUCCCAAUUCCCUCCCUUCAGGGGCCACUAUCCACCCUGACCCUGAUGUCUUGCCAAGGUGAUGGCUCCGGCAGCUGCUGCUGAUGAAUUUUUUUUUGCUUCAUUUCAAAAUAAAAUACCAAAGGAAAUAU